AUGACAUACAAUGCAUAUAACCCCGUAGGCGGAGGCGUCAACCACGACUGGUACGAACUUGAACCUCCAUGGAAAGUCAAUUCCUCGUUUGGAUGGCAUGCCGACGGUAUCCGGGGACACGUCUUUGGCAAUGCUGAUAAUUCCUUACUGGUGAUCAGCAUCAAAGGCACCAGUGCAGGACUUUUCACUGGCGGGCCCACCGGCGAGAAAGAUAAAUUGAAUGAUAACAUUCUAUUUUCUUGCUGUUGCGGACAUAUCAGUCGAGGCUGGAAAUCGGUUUGUGAUUGCUAUGAUCCAAGUACCAGCUAUCAAUGCGAGAGCAGCUGCAUAGAAAAAAGUAUUCUGAAACACGAACAGUAUUACGAUCAUGCCCUGGAAAUUUUCAGGGAUGUCAGUGAUCAGUACCCUAAUGCUACUAUUUGGAUGACAGGUCAUUCACUGGGGGGAGCACUGGCGAGCAUGGUAGGUCAAACCUACGGUAUACCUACCGUAACCUUUGAAAGUCCAGGCGAUCAACUGGCAUCCACACGCUUGCAUUUACCGCGUCCUCCUGGCAUCGGUCAUUUACCGAUAUGGCAUUUUGGUCAUACAGCAGACCCUAUUUUUAUCGGUGUGUGCACAGGUCCAAUGAGUAGCUGCUGGUACGGUGGAUUUGCAAUGGAGACGCGAUGUCAUACGGGCAAGGUCUGUGUAUGGGAUACCGUGAAUGAUCAUGGUUGGCGCGUCGAUAUUCGAUCGCAUCGUGUUGCUGAUGUGAUUGAAAAUAUCCUUAAAAAGCCGGAUGAGUUUCCCUUACCACAGUGCGAGGUUGAAACUGACUGCCAGGACUGUGGUCUUUGGAACUUUGUAGAUCAAAGGGAUGAAUAG